UCGAGACAAUUUUAACUGAUUCAUCUGUAUCCAGAGAAACAGAAAGGUUAAAAUAACACGUUGCCAGAACUCCGUGUGGAAAAAAAAUCGGAAACGCUGUGAGAAAGUUGAUGAAAUCUCAGUAAAACAAUAAAAGCCAGACCCAUUCACUGCUUACAGGAGUUUGGAAAGGUCAAGUUUCCGCUUAGAGCCAGCAGUGUCCAGCUUUCUCCUUGGGACCAUUUAACGAUGGAUUUCCAACUGUCUCCGCGCUUUGCAGGAGGUUACCUCUUUUUCCUGGCUUUUACUGGGACAGUGGGAAAAGUGACUGGAUUGGAGCUACAGGUCAAUGCAAACCCCCCGGCUGUGGCAUUUGGUGACCCUUUGGUGGUGAACUGCAGCACGUCAUGUGCAGGAUCUCACAUAACAAUCGAAGGACUAAGAAAUUAUCCCAAACUGGAAAGUGAUCAAUGGGUCUCAGUUAAUAUCACAAAUAUCCACAGGUGGUCUUUCUCGAUAGUAUGUUUCGUACAAUGCAAGAAUAUGACUGUCACUAAAAGAAAAGACAUAACUGUAUAUAAUCGAGAGAUAAACAUUACAGUACUCCCUGAAGUGCUGGAGAUUAACAGGACAUAUCGUCUGGAGUGCAUUGGUCCAAGAGUCUAUCCAAACAACAAACUCAUUCUCACAUGGCUGAGAGGGAGUGAGAUUCUUCAGAGAAAUUCCACAGGCGAACGAGGUUCUGUGGAUGAAGAUAAAAGGUUGAGAAAUGUCUUCAAUUUCGUUGCGAGUCGAUCAGAUGAUGGACAGGAGUACACCUGCUUGGCUGAAGUGGACUUGGGCUCUAACACCACAAAGUUAAUCACAAACUCUUCUGUCACUCUGCAAGCGUACUAUAAACCAAUCAUUACAGCUCUAUUAGCAAAUAAUAAAAGCGUCUCCAAGUCUCCAGUAUAUUUCAGUAAAGGUGAAUCCAUUAUAUUACAAUGUGACUACCAAGGAAAUCCACGGCCAACACUGAAAUGGGAAUGGCCCAAACAAAGCAAUGUUGUGAUUAAUCCUUCAGGAGCUCUCUCUAUUUCUGAUGCUACAACCAAAAAUACUGGAACAUAUAAAUGUUCAGUUAUGAACCAACUUGGAGCUGAAGAGAAGAUCGUGGACAUCAACAUCAAAGGUAAAGCUAUGAUCAUAGCUGCAGCAAGUGUAUCAGUGGUGGCUACAUUGACCCUUGCAACAGGAGUCAUCAUUUAUUACUUGAACAAGAAUGUCAAGAAAACAGGAGUAUACAAACUACAAAAUGCAAAGCCUAACAACAAUCCACAAGUUCCCAAUGAAAACCAGCAUCAGGAAUGAUCACAACAACCUGCAAUGGACUAGAAUAUGAAAUGAGAUUUUACAAUUUAAAAACUGUAUCUCUAACUACUCUGGAAAAUAUCCUGGGUUUGAGUUUGUUUGCGGGUCUCUUGUCCUGUCCUGUGCUUUCUGCAGAUGAUACAGGAGAACUAUGCAAAUAUUCACCUCUAAUUCUUUCUGAAUGGUAUCUUCCUUCUCUACCUCUGUAACCUUCUCCAGCUGUGACUCUCCAAGAACUUCCUUUGUUUUUAAGACUGUCUCUUGCACAUCUGCAUCUUUAUUUCUUAUAUCACAAGCAGAAUCUUCUUCUAUGCAGAAGUGGGUACUGCAGAUGCUGGAGAUUAGAGUCAGGGUUAGAGUGGCACUGGAACAGCGCAGCAGUCAGGCAGUAUCCGAGGAGCAGGAAAAAUCGAUGUUUUGGGCAAAAACCUUUCUUCAGAACGAUUCCCGAUGUCACAGCCAUUCUUCAGAUUGAGAUUCAGGGCACAAUGUCAACUUAGAUUUGGAGACCAAUUGGCUUUUAACACUCCCUAGGAUGGGGAGGAGCUUUAAGACUGGGGGCACAUUUUUAAGUUGAGAGGAAAGACAUGAGAGCAAAUCUUUUGCCUCAAAUGUUGAUUUUCCUGCUGCUCGGAAGUUGCCUGACCUGCUGUGCUUUUCCAGCACCACACUAAUCUGGACUUCUUGCCUUCUCUGUCACAUUGCUAAGGAACAGGAGAUCAAGAGCCAAUGUAAUCCCUUCAGCCUGUUCUACUGUAAACUUAUUUUGAUAUCCUUGCUCCCUGGGACUCUAACAGAACCACCUUGCUGAAUUCCAGAGCUGUCAGCCUCAACAUUGACCAACCCUUUGUCCUUCUAGUGUUGGGCAUGCUCUCCACAUCUUCCAACUUAACAAAGUCAUUGGAUCAUACAGCACGGAAACAGACCUUCGGUCCAACCAGUCUAUGCCAAACAUAAUCCAAACUGUACUUAUCCAAAUAUCUUUUAAACAUUAGAAAUGUACCCACAUUCACCACUUCCUCAGGAAGUUCAUUCCACACACAAACCACCCUCUGUGUAAAAAACUUUGCCUCUCAUGUUUUUCCUCUCAAUUUAAAAAUGUGCUCCCUAGUCUUAAACCCUCCCCCACCCCCUUCUUAAGGAAUGUUAAAAGCCAAUUGGUCUCCAAAUCUAAGUUGACAUUGUGCCCUGAAUCUCAAUCUGAAGAACAGCUGUAACAAGUGCAGAGACUGCUAGAGAAACACAACAGGUCUGUCAGCAUCUGUUCUGAAGAAGAGCCAUACCAUAUUCGAAAGGCUAACUCUGCUGCUCGUUCCACUGAUGCUGACAAACCUGCUGAGUUUCACCAACAUUCUCUCUGUUUGUUUUAGAUUUCCAAUAUCCACAGCAUUGUGCUACCAAUGAGGGGGAGCUGAAUUGUCCAGGAAGACAUGAAACAUGAACAUUGGCAAGACAUGGUCAAGUGAGAUACAGGACCAGGUCACAAAUCCUCCCUGCAGAUCCUUGUGUGUUCAUCUGUAAGAAACAUUUCACAUGUCAGACUGAGGUGUGAAGAAAGAAUUAAGAAACUUGAGUUGUUCAGGUUUGAAAGGCAGUGACUGCUUCUACAAACCAGGAUGUCAAGCUUUGCCACGAAGUGGACAGAGAGAAACACGCAAAGGCAAAUUUAGGUCAGGUGUUGGAACCUUUUUCACAUUUUUUGAAUAGAAGUGAGGAAUAGAUGCAGCACUCUAGGAAUAGAUAGGAAUAGAUGCAGCACUGGAGGAAGCUAAUGGAUGCAUCUUGUCUGUGCCCACUGCCUGUAAGAGCAGCUGAGCUCAUCCCACACCAUUACCUUUCCCUGUUGUCCUGAAAAUGACCUUUCUUUAGUUCUCUUUAUAAAUCCAUGACUGUAUCUACCUCCAUCACAUUCUCAGGCAGCACAUUUCACGACCUCACCACACGCUGACUCAUUUAGGCUUUCUCAAAUCAGUGUGAGUUACUUCAAUAAUCACAUUCAAUCAGUGGUCACUGGUUCUGGGAUUGCAGAAACCCAGCCUCUCUGCAUUUCCUUCAUCCAGGUGCCUCAUUACAUCUUUCUUCUUGUUACGUUGAGACUUUAGUUAUUUUCAUGAUCUUUUGUUUGGUUAAUGAAACUUCACUACCUUAUCAAAAUGAUUCAUUUUCCAGGAAUUCAUUCCAAUUUCUUGGAAAAAAUUAAACAGUUCAUUGUUGAGAUACAUUAACAACAGACUCUUUAAAAGGUUAUAUUCAAGUAUCUAAUGUUGAUAGAUUUAAGUAGAAACCUUUUUCUCUCACAUAGAAACAGACCCUUCAGUCCAACUCGUCCAUGCCAACCAGAUAUCCUAAGGUAAUGUAGCCACAUUUGCCAGCAUUUGACCCAUAUCCUUCUAAACCCUUCCCAUUCAUAUACCCAUCCAAAUGCCUUUUCAAUGUUGUAAUAGGACCAGCACUUCCUCUGGCAGCUCAUUCCAUACAUGCACCACCCUCCGAAUGAAAAAGUUGCCCCUUAGGUUCGUUUUAAAUUUUUCCAGUUUCAAGUUAAACCGAUGCCUUCUAGUUCUGGACUCCCCCACCCCAUGGAAAAGACCUUGUCUCUCAUCCAUGCCUCUCAUGAUUUUAUAAACUUCUAUAAGGUCACCCCUCAGCCUCCAAUGCUGCAGGGAAAACAGCUACAGCCUAUUCGGUCUCUCCCUAUAGCUCAAACCUACCAACCUGGCAACAUCCUUGUAAAUUAUUUCUGAAUCAUGUGACAAAAGACUGGGUAGAAAUUGCCUUCAUGGUUUCAGGAAGUUGACCCUAUGCAGAAAUGAUAUCCUUCCCCCUGGAUUGUGGGUCUGUUUGAGGAUGAGUGAAGGGCUGGCUGAAACUGAAACAGCAAUAAGAGAGUGGAUCACAUUGGCCAGAUCACAGGAGGGACCAGAAUGAUUAUGAGAACAUGAGACAAAUGAUAGAAAGGCAGAGAAGUUGUGAAAAUUGUGUAUUUUCGAUAUCCUUGCUAAAGCUAAUUCCUACAUCAGUCCAAUACCACAAACGUGGUGAAAACAGAAGGCAACUAGCUGCCUACAUUAAUGAGAUGUUAACACUGAUGCUGCUCAUAUUAACUGCUUCGGGAGAGAUUACUUUAGUUUGUAUUUUGUCUCAUUCUCACUCACCUGAACCCAAAUUAACACAACACCCAGCAGUACGUGGAGGCAAUGGCUUGAUGGUGUUAUCACUGGGCUGUGAAUCCAGAGGAUAAGGUAAUGUUCUGGGAACCUGUGUUCAAAUCCUGCUGUGGAUCUGACUGAAUUCAAUCAAAUAAAAUCUAGAAUAAAGAUUCUAGUGAUGACCAUGGAUCCAUUGUCGAAUGUUGGAAAAAUCCAUUUGGUUCACUCAUGUCCUAUAAGAAAGGAACGUGCCAUCCUUACCCAGUCUAGCCUACAUUUAACCCCAGACCCACAGCAAUGUGGUUGACUCUGAGCUGCAUUAAAUGCUGGCCUAGCCAGUGACACCUACAUCCUGUGAGUGAAUGGUUAAAAAAAAUGAAAUGAGCAUCUGUUUUGUCACAAGAUUGCUGUGUAUACAUCACCUCUCAGGAUCAUUUUGAUUCAAUUUUGUAAGAUGCAGUAUUUUAAUUGUAUAAUGAAUUUGAUGUAUUUCAUGGACCUUAAGUGGGUAAUAAAUUAUAUUGGUAAACACA